UUUUCCUCUUCGCUGUCUGUCUGUUCUCCUCUCGACUUGGUGGGUGUUGGGUGUGUCUCCCUUGCCCUCUCGACUCUUUCUUUCUCUCUCUCUCUCCGCCCGCUCCUUUUUGCUUUAUGGUGGUGGUUUUAUAGCAAGUCCCCCAAACCUCUGUCUCUUUUCAUUUUUCUUCUUGCUUUUGGUUUAUAUCAAAACAACGCAGACACACACACACACACACACACACACAUCGGUCAUAUUUCUGUUUGAAUCAGCUUUACCCCUUUCAAACUUUCUUAUUAUGCUCUAGGAAGUUUAAAACGAAAAGCAACAGCACCAGACCACGACUUUUUUGCGCGUUUCGAUAUGAAUUUCAUCACCACCAGUAGCAGUAGCAGCAAUAGUGAUAGCAACUUUGAGUCCCACCACCACCUUCAGCAACAACAGGCCGGUUACAAUAUCAGCACUCCUAGCAGUGGCAGCAGCAACAACAACAACAACAACAACAACAGUAGCCAUAGCACUUAUCAACACGAUAACGACUCUAUCAAUACCACUAAUAAUAAUAAUACCUUUUCCUCAAUGCCAAAGCUGAAUCGCUUGUCGAUUGCGCCAACAGCAUCUGCUGACUUGCUGCCACCGGAUCAUCCGGACACAGCCGAUCCAGCCAAACGUCGUCGUAUAGAUCAAUUUCCCGAUCUCGCUCGAUCUGUCAACAACAGUAACAACACUACUCAUUACGCCCGCCCGCCAUUUUCCAUGCCUGCGCGGUUAUCUCAAAACAAUGCUCAUAGACAACAGUUGUUCCCACAGCACGCAGCGUAUUUUCACCAAGAACAACGACAACAGCAACUUCCCCAGCAUAACCACCACCAUCAUCAUCAACUUAUGCGCUCUCAAUCUUUGGCAUCCCUUCGUAGUAUUGGUAAUGAUAUCAAUGAUUCGCAGCCAAUGCUACGACAACAAUUACACGCAGCACCUCCGGCAAUCACACCUUCUUUAUCCAUGCAUACUGUCGCGGACCUUUAUCAUCGACAGCAGCAAGAACAAGGACAACAACCGCGCCAACCUCUUCCGCCACAUCCUUCUCAUCAUCCACAGCCAGCCUCCGCGCCGCUAUUGUCGCCUGCAACAGCAUCAAUCUCUCAACAACAGCCCCCAUUAUCUUCUUCGGCAUUACAAGGUGCAGCAGUAGAUGAUGACGAUUUAAUUGUCGACGAGGAAAUGACCAACAAGAACAUAUGCGUCGGCAUGAUUAAAACCGAUAUUGUUACUGUCAAGGUUCUCGAUCUGAUUAAAGACGAGCAAUACGAAGCUAUUCGUCUAGAAUCUGAAGGACGACGAGACUCAGUCAAUUAUUCAUUUACUGUAACAUCAUGUGGCAUGCCACGAAAAUUCUAUGGCUGGGUUCCUUUUGAAGAUACCAAAAUACUAGGGCCAUUGGUUGAACAUUGCUUGAUCUGGUGGGAUGCAGUCAUUCCUCGGGGUAAAGCAAAUCAUGCACGUACGCCACUCUACAUCAUCAUCUACUGUCGACCACUUCAUGUCGGUGUUGUUGCCAAAAUGUUCGAGCGCUAUUACGCGACUCUCAAGGAACCUCCUUUUUUCAAUCCUGCAUGUCGUUACAAGAACCCACACACGCAUCUCAUCCAGCAGCAACAGGAGGUCAGUAACCAACGGCUGUGGUCAGUGGGGCGUCCGGGCCGGCCGUCCAGUACCGAUCAAACUUCCAUAGAACAGACUCGGCGUGAUAUCGCUCAACUACUGGACAGUAUACCCAAUGAUGACAACGGCAAUGAUAAAGGCAGCAGCAACAACAACAACAAUGCCAGCCGCAAAAGGAAAAAGAAACGAUGGGAGGCUCUUCAACGAUCUGGGACACGCGACAAUCAGAUUGUCCUCAAUGAUGAUGAUGAUAAUGAUGACUUAGGCGUUGACGAUAAGUAUGAGAGUGGAAAUAGCAGCAGCAACGACACGGAGGAGGAUAGUGAUGAGAUGCAGGUCGACAGUGCUCAGAUCGAAGGUCUCACCGUGAGACUAAUGCCGCAUCAGUCACGAGGCGUGGAAUGGAUGAUUGGCCGGGAAGCAAAUGAGACGAGCUGUGGUGGGAUAUUAGCCGAUAUGGGACUAGGCAAAACAAUCCAGACUAUUGGUUUGGUCGCCUCAACAAUGGAUGCAGCUGCUAAACGCCCAACGCUGAUCGUUACGCCACUUGCACUUAUCCAACAAUGGGCCACUGAGAUUCGAACGAAAACCGAGAAAGGCAAGAUGUCUGUUCUUGUGUACCACGGCGCCAGCCGAUCAAAAGAUCCAGCCUUCUUUUCACAGUAUGAUGUCGUAAUCACCACGUAUCAGGUGGUCGCAUCGGAUAUGCCUAAUACAACAAAACGAGGGCGUCGGCGUAACAAUAACGGCAUCGAGGAAGACUUGAUGGAUGUGCAGACCCCAAAUGCCUCUGAAGAUUGCAUGAGUCCCGUCAGCAGUGCCCCAGGCUCACCCUCUACUCGCAAGACACAAGAGAAUAGUUCUUCUUGCUCUUCUUUGAAUGACGGCUCAACUCCAACUUUGAAGCCUGGUUACGGCCCGCUUUUCCAAAUAGAAUGGUACCGCGUUGUCUUAGAUGAAGCUCAGCAGAUCAAAAACAGAAAUACACGUUCGGCUCUGUCAUGUACUGAACUCACUGCGCAAAAACGAUGGUGUCUGACUGGAACGCCCAUGCAGAAUCAUGUGGACGAACUAUACAGUCUCUUGCGUUUCCUGCGAAUCCAGCCGCUCUGUGACUAUCAAGCAUUCAAGAAGACCAUCUCUGUUCCUAUUCAGGCGGGCCAAGGGCAGCUCGCUCUUGAACGGCUCAAGGUUGUCUUGAUGGCAGUCAUGUUGCGACGCACUAAGCAGAUCUUAAAAUCAGCGACGGAUAGCACUGCUGCUGAAGCACAACCAUCAUCAUCAUCAUCAUCAUCAUCACCAUCGCCGUCCACCGCUCCACAGGGGUCAUCGACAUGUUCCUCUACUGCUGCUACAGUAAUGGAAGGAGCAGAAAGAAUAGAAGGCAGUAACACAUCGCCAAUAUCAGCAACAUCGCCCAAUAAUACCCAAAAUGAAUUUGUUGCUGAUCCUAAAGAGGGAGCUUUUCCCAAAAAUGGUAACCUGUCCACCGAGCUGUCACUGCAGCUGCCCUCACGGAACAAGCGAGACGUUGUGCUGACAUUUAGCACAGCUGAGCGAAGGCUCUAUGAUUUCCUCAACACGAAGACCAGAAGUACAGUCGAAAAGUUGUUUCGAGCAGGCAAAGGCGAGCGCAACUAUCUCAAUAUGUUGUGCAUGCUUUUACGACUACGACAAGCGUGUGAUCACCCAAUGCUGGUGCUUAAAGCUAUGGGUAACGAUUCGGAUGCACUUGAGUUUGCAACAGGUGGUCUGUCUAAUGGCAGCAGCAGCAGCAGCAUCAGCAACAACAGCAACGGCAAUAGCAGUGGUAGUAAUGCCACUUGUAGUAGUGGCAAUGUCGGGCGUAAAGAAGCUCGAGAAGCCAGCGAGGCUGCAGCACAGCGUACCAUCAUGGCCAAGAUGGCAGUUGACUUGGGAUGGCAAGGUGUCGGGCAGGUGGGCCAGUCGGUAUUUGACAAAACCAUCAGUGUAUCUGGAGCGCCUGGGACGACAUGCGAACUCUGUGGAAAAACUAUUCCCGCCAGUAGUAGUAGUAGUAGCAGCAGCAGCAGCAGCAGCAGUGGCAGUAUUAACGGCGGAUCAUCUUAUUGUCCGACAUGCACGAAUCAGAUUGAGCAGUGCACAGUUCAGGAAGACAGCCUCAUGACAAGCAGCAAGAUCAACAAGGUUUUGGAGCUGCUGCAUGAAACGCGUCUCAAAUAUCCGCGUGAAAAGACCAUCAUUUUCUCACAGUUUACGUCCAUGCUCGAUUUGCUGGAAGAGCCACUACAGCGAUCAGGAUUCAAGUAUUGUCGAUAUGAUGGGUCCAUGUCCAACCACCUUCGAGAACGGAAUCUAGAUGCAUUGCGGACAGAUACCGAGUGCACGGUGAUGCUGAUAUCACUAAAGUGUGGUUCACUCGGCUUGAAUCUAACGGCAGCUAAUCAUGUGAUAUUGAUGGAUGUGUGGUGGAAUCCUGCGGUGGAAGAACAAGCGAUUGACCGGGUUCAUCGGAUUGGGCAAAGACUGCCUGUAAGAGUAGUCCGACUGGUGAUUGAUGGGACAAUCGAACAAAAGAUUAUCCAGCUUCAACAAAAGAAGGCACAUACUUUUUUCUUUUUGGUCCUACAAAUCCUUUGGAAACUUCUCACGAUCGCUGUAUAUCUCAUCCGCUCUCUUUGUUAAUCUCUCUCUUUCUAUUAGGCACAAAUGGUGCAAGGUGCUCUAGGUGAUGGCAUGAUCAAGAACUCCAAGCUGACAAUGCGUGAAAUCCGGACUCUGUUCGAUUUGUGAUAGUGAUCUCUUGCUUAUACAUACUUAUACAUAUAUAAACAUACACAGUACCCAUCAAAAUAAAAGUAUAGCCUCAAUGCCUUUCAUCUUCU